CGCGACUCGCGCAGUACAUUCAAACUUUUAAACUUAUUUUAUGUCGCUUGCAAAAACCAGGGCGGAUACCUUUGUAAGGGUAUUCGCACCGACACCGCAACCUCCAUCGGGUGGUCAGCAUCCAGGAGGAGGUGGACGAGGUGAUGGAGGAGACGGCGUAGGACCCGGUGGAGGAGGUGACGGAGGAGACGGCUCAGGAUCUGGUGGUGACGAAGCAAAGGGGAAGGGGCCAGGCGAAACGUCGUCGGAACCAGAGGACUCCGGCAGAAAACGGUCCGGCGAAAAAGGGUCGGGCGGAAAGGGGUCCGGCGGAAAGGGGCCGGGCGGAAAGGGGCCGAGCGGAAAGGGGCCGAGCGGAAAGCGUAGAGCGUUCGGGAGUCACGAGUCUAGCGGAACCGGAAGCCGCUGUGAAGGGAGUCGAGACUCGGGCAUGCGAGACAAGGCGGCCCUGAGGUCUUAUCGAGUGCGAGUACAUUUGCACUUGUCUGCGAGGACUUUGUUUCACGACGCCGGCGAGCGCAAAGUGCUGGAGGGGCCCGCUGCAGGAGUGUUGGAGACCAGGCCUGGCGAGUAUGAUCGUUACACUUCGGAGGGUGCUUCCAUCGAUUUCCUGAGCAAGAGUGCAGCGGAUCCGGGGAAAGAGGAGUUGUCACAGGAUGCACAUGCUGUGCACCGGGAAGAGGAAACACAACACUGGCCGCCUAGCAGAGUGCCGAAUGAUCUCGACGCAGGAGUGUUGGAGACCGGGGCUAGCGGACAUCUACGUCAUCCUUCGGAGGGUGCGUCCGUCGACUUAGAGAGGAAGAGUGCACCACCUCGAGGAAAAGGGGAGCUCUCACUUCGUGAGGCGGCCAAGGCCGAUGCUAGCGAGCAUCAAUGCUUGUCUGGAAAUGCCAUCAACAUCGGGGACGCCGAUUUGGUUUUGCACAGCGGGUCGCCACUGACGACGCAAGAGGGUGACGUUAAGGGAGGUCAUGAAACGUUUGGGGAAGCUCGUCUUCGUGGCGAAGAGGAGGGCGAAGAAGAACCCGUGGUGGAAAUUGGCUUCAUGACGAUGAGGAAGGCGAAGAACCCGUGGGGGAGGCUAAGCUUUUUGGCGGUGAGGUGUCAGCUCGGCUUCAUGACGAUGAGGCAGGCGAAGAUACCGUGGGGGGAGCUCAACUUUAUGCUGGUGAGGUGUCGGUUGGGCUUCAUGACGGUGAGGUGUCGGCUUGUCAGAUGGGUUCGGAGCGGACAGAUCGUGAUUCUCAGUCCACCAGCUGCGGUGAAGAGCAAGGUGAUCGAGCGUCCGCCCUCAGUUUCGGUCGGGAAAUGGUGCUUCAUGAAGCCACGGAGUUGGUUAGCGAUUCAGCUGCCAUCGAGCUGGUUAGCGAUUAAGCUGCCAUCGAGCUGGUAAGCGACUCAGUGGUGGACGAGAUGCAGAACAUCGAAUCCUCCACGGACGUCGGCACAGUGGAGCGACAGAAGGCCGGUUCCCCUCGAUGGACUCCCGGGCACGGUGUGAGGUUGUCAAUGUCCCUGCCCAUAAAGCCUU